UGGAUAUUCCAUCUUCACGUUCCUUCCACUGGACUUCUUAAUCUUAACCCUCUCCAUCGACCUUUCAAACUCCCCUUUUCACUCGAUCCAACAGUUCUCUUAUUUUCUAGAUUUUCAUUCCAUAAAAAGGAUACCUUGGGUCUCUAUGUAAUUCAACCAUUUCUGCUAUCAGGAAUCUCUUUGUAGUUCUUAUAUAUUUUUAUUGGUGGAAUCUGGAUUCUGUUAACUCGACGAUGUAAUUGGAUUUGGAUUUACUGCUAUUCGAAUUGUCUUUGAUUUGCAAAAGCGGCAAUCCAAUCUUCGAUCUCUAUCAAUGAUGGAUACCAGCACUGUUGCAGAUGGCAGUUCCUUUUUAAGUUUGUUUGCAGCUUUAUCAUAUGGGAUUGCUUCCAUGGCUAUGGUUUUUAUCAAUAAAGCAAUUAUUAUGCAAUAUGCGCACUCCAUGACCCUUCUUACUUUGCAGCAAUUGGCAACUACCUUGCUCAUUCACUUUGGUCGGCAAAUGGGUUAUACAAGAGCAAAAGGGGUUGAUAUUACCACAGCUAGAAGGCUUCUCCCUAUUUCUUUAUUUUACAAUGCAAAUGUGGCAUUUGCUCUUGCAAGCUUGAAAGGCGUUAAUAUUCCUAUGUAUAUUGCUAUAAAGAGGCUCACACCACUUGCUGUUCUUAUUGCUGGAUUCUUUUCUGGAAAGGGAAAGCCUACAACUCAGGUGACCCUUUCGGUAGUUUUGACUGCUGUGGGAGUUAUUGUAGCUGCCAUUGGAGAUUUUUCUUUCGACUUGCCGGGAUACACCAUGGCCCUAACUUCUGUGUUUUUCCAGACCAUGUACCUUGUGUUGGUGGAAAAGUCUGGUGCAGAGGAAGGGCUUUCUUCAAUAGAGAUAAUGUUCUAUAACAGUUUUCUUUCUCUUCCAUUUUUGCUUUUUCUCAUCAUAGCGACAGGAGAGUUCCCAAAUUCUUUGGCAUUAUUAUUAGCAAAGAGCAAUUCUUUCUCGUUUUUGUUCAUCCUACUACUUUCAUUGGUGAUGGGAAUCGCUCUUAACUACACCAUGUUUUUGUGUACCAUAGUUAACUCAGCUCUAACCACAACCAUUGUUGGAGUACUCAAAGGUGUUGGAUCCACGACGCUUGGAUUUGUGUUACUGGGAGGUGUGCAAGUUCAUGGUUUGAAUGUAACCGGAUUGGUUAUAAACACGGCAGGCGGGGUGUGGUAUUCUUACGCCAAAUAUCAGCAAAAGAAGAUUAAAGCACCCAAAGUGGUGAUGGAUUUGGAGGCUCAUCGAAGAUAAAUUAAACUCAAUUUUGCAUGGUUAAUAUUGUCUCGUUGGUUUCUUUUUGUUUUCAUUUUCAAGUGUUACUCCAAUGUGUCGGUGAUGGUUAUGAAAGUAUGGGCAAGUAAAGGAGGCCCCAAGAGAGGGGUAUAGAGUGAACAUUUUUAAUGAUGCUAUAUGUAUUUAUAAUUAUUGCCUGGGAUGAUAUCAUCAUAUAUUUCACUUCUCUAACUUUUUACCUAAAGAAAAUAUAUAUUCUUCUAAAUGUUUAAGGCAA